UUCCAAACUCAGGCGCAAUUUCUAAGACCAACGGUAAUGCUUCACUUCAAUUUUUGUGGUGGAGAUAAAAGUUAACUACUUCGCGAUCAUGGCUGAUGGCACCGCUGGUUUUCGAAAUUUAUCCACCAAACCCCAUUUCAGAUAUUCGUCUGGAAUGAAAAACCAUCAAAAGAGGCGUGGUUUCACAUAUUUCGGAAUUCAGCAUCAAAAUGACUGCUACAGCUCCUGCUUCUCCUCCUGCUUUUUGCAACAAUCUGCACUAUAAUCAGAAACAGAAACCCGGGAUGAUCUCGUUCUUGUCUUCCACCUCCUCGUCUGCUUUGUCUUCCUCCGAAUUCUUGGGUCUUUUCCUUCCCAGUCCCAAUUCCAAGCGUUCGAAGAGCCGGUGGUGUGUCCACGGACAGACCUCCUUGGUUUUUCCCAGGGCCGAGAUUGGUAAGGAGAAGAAGGUCGACGAAGAUGAUAAACAGCCAUCGGUUUCCAUCACACUUGAUGAUGUUAAUCCGGUUGGACUAGGCCGUCGAUCUCGUCAGAUAUUUGAUGAGGUCUGGCGCAAGUUUUCCGAGCUGGGUCAGAUUUCCAGGACCCGCACUGAUGAGAGCCUUGACACAGUCCUCAUCAGGGAGGGUCCCAUGUGUGAGUUCAGCAUUCCAGGGGCUCAAAAUACCACCGUGCUUGUUGUAGGAACCACCAGCAGAAUUGGUCGGGUUGUCGUCCGCAAACUGAUGCUCAGAGGAUAUAACGUCAAGGCUCUAGUUAGGAAAGCCGAACAGGAAGUGCUAGAUAUGCUUCCAAGAUCAGUGGAGAUUGUAAUUGGGGAUGUGGGCGAGCCCUCAUCUUUGAAGACCGCUGUGGAAGGCUGCAACAAGAUAAUCUACUGUGCAACUGCUCGUUCCACCAUCACCGGGGAUCUCAACAGAGUUGAUCAUCAAGGGGUGUACAACGUUACCAAAGCAUUUCAGGAUUACAACAACAGACUUGCACAGCUACGAGCUGGAAAAAGCAGCAAAAGCAAGCUCUUGCUUGCAAAGUUCAAAUCUGCAGAAUCAUUGAAGGGUUGGGAAGUCCGCAAGGGAACUUACUUUCAGGAUGUGGUUGCUGCAAAGUAUGAUGGAGGGAUGGAUGCUAAGUUUGAGUUUACAGAGACAGGAAAUGCUGUUUUCUCAGGAUAUGUCUUUACUAGAGGAGGAUAUGUGGAACUGUCAAAAAAGCUUUCACUUCCACUAGGUCGCACUCUUGACAGGUAUGAUGGUUUAGUCCUCUCUUUCGGUGGAAAUGGAAGAUCAUUUGUUUUAAUUCUUGAAGCUGGUCCUUCAGCAGAUACUACUCAAAGCAAGAUGUAUUUUGCCAGAAUUAGCACAAAAGUGGGCUUCUGUAGGGUCAGAGUGCCAUUUUCGUCCUUUCGCCCUGUGAAACCAGAUGAUCCACCACUAGAUCCAUUUCUUGUUCAUACUUUAACUGUACGUUUUGAGCCAAGAAGACAGAAACCUACUGAAGGACCUAUGGGAACCAAGCAAGAUCUCAGAAGCUUUAAACUGAUAUUGGAAUAUAUAAAAGCAUUGCCAAGUGGACAGGAAACAGAUUUUAUUCUAGUUUCGUGUACAGGAUUAGGAAUUGAACCUAGCAGAAGAGAACAGGUUCUUAAAGCUAAGAAGGCUGGAGAGGAUUCACUUAGAAGAUCAGGCCUUGGUUACACCAUUGUUCGCCCUGGUCCUCUACAGGAAGAGCCUGGUGGACAACGUGCUCUUAUCUUUGACCAAGGGAACAGGAUUUCUCAGGGCAUCAGCUGUGCAGAUGUAGCUGACAUCUGUGUUAAGGCAUUGCAUGAUUCAACUGCAAGGAAUAAGAGCUUUGAUGUAUGUUAUGAAUAUGUGGCAGAGAAAGGGAAGGAGCUCUAUGAGCUGGUGGCACAUUUACCUGACAAAGCAAAUAAUUAUUUGACACCAGCACUAUCAGUUCUCGAGAAGAAUACUUGACUUCCUCUGGCAAUUUUAUUCGUUGCAUCUUAAUUCUUUCAGAGAUCUUCUUGAAUAGAAGUCCCAAUUUUUCACAGCACUUUUGUGGCUAUUUGUGUAUGAGCUUCAUGUAUAUUUUCCUCCAGAAAUUGGAUCUUUCAAAAUUCCACCUUAUGCAUGCCCACGACGAGUGGAUCAGCAAAAUGUAAAUCAGGUGAUAAGAAGAAGCACAUCCCCUUGAUCAGUCUCCAUUCAGUAUAUGAUGAAAGACUGUUUCCUUCUUCCCAUGCUGAGUAAAAUGAUGGAGGAAUGCUCUGUAGUUUUAACAACUAUGUAAAGAGAAAACUGCAAUGGUUGUAAAUUAGUGUAGAUAUAUAUUGAAAUUUUUUUCUCAUAA